CUUUAUUUCCAUAUCUGCAGCAGGAUGGUGGGGAGAUCAGCAUGAGGAUGCGAAAUGGAUCAGCCCAUGUGCUGCGUUGUUUGAAGGUGUGGUAUGACCUCCCACCAGACACCUUCUUCAAUGCAGUCAAUAUCAUGGACCGCUUCCUCACACGAAUGAAGGCACAACCAAAGCAUUUGUCUUGCAUUGCUGUGAGUGCAUUCCAUCUGUCAUGCCAGUUUACCCCUGGGUAUAGUCACUUAAGGGAUAUACCUCAGGUGAUUCCAGAUAGCAGAGACUUGACCACCAUCUCGCAAUGCAAAUGCUCGUCUGGUGAUGUGACCCGCAUGGAACGCAUCAUUUUGGACAAGCUGGCCACAGACCUGCGCUGCCAGCCACCUGUUACACCCUUAACACUGCUCCGUGUCCUCUACGCUGCCCAUAACCACUUGGCUGCCCCCCUCCUACACCACCCCACCUUACCACCACCUCUCACCACCCUCAUUCACAAGCUUGAGAUUGUUGAGUGUGAUUCUGCUGCUGCCACUUUCCGCCCAUCAGAAUUGGCUCUAUCCCUUCUAGCCCUGGAAUUUGGUCAAGAUAAUGGCAACAAACAUAUUCAUCAUGCCUGUAUUAAUCAUUUGCAAAAUAUAUGCAAGGUGACAUACCAUACCUUUGACCAGUGCCAGAAGGUAGUUGCUGAAUUAAUGGAUCAAUAUGAAAACCAGAGACAUUCUCCUCACCGUCAACGUCUGGUUUGGAAGCUCUCCAAUAGAACUUUAAGGCAGCUUCGACCCACCGAUAAAUUCACCACUAGGCUGCCAACUAUUGUUGAAAUGCAAGGUCCCUCUCAUCCUCCUAUCAUACGGCCAAGGAUGGAUAGUGAAAGUUCGGAAAUGUAUUUAUCAUCAUCCGAGGAAGAAAUGGACUAUGACUAUGAUGAAGAAUUUCCACCUCUUCCGGCACCUGCAGCCUCCAUGAAAUCCCCACGGAAAUCAGUCAGCCAGUCUCCACAUAAGAAAACGCCUGCUUUCCUUCCCUACCCACAGUUUAACCGGAAACAUAAUCGUAUUGCUUAAUUUCUUUGCUGUGCACUGCACCGAGAGAAGUGGCAAAUUCUCUUCCUGCCACCCUCCCUCCCCAACAAUUGCUGUAAGUAAAGCAGUUGUAGUAUAUUUUUUUUUUUUAUGAUCAGUUCCUAAAUGUGCAGUUUUUGAAUGUUGCUGUAUUUGACCAAAUACAUGAGCAGUGUUCCAUGGGUCUAUUUCAGCUCGUGACCAUGUUCGUUGUUAAACAUACAACAAUUAUGCUGGUAGUUGCUGCCUUUAUUAAAGAUUACUUUUCAAGUUCAUGCUGCACAAAACUUGUUAAAAGCACAAUGUAUUUUUUUUUUUUCCAAGAAAUUUUUGUUCCCCUUUUCUGAGUCACUGCUUUUAUUUUAGCAUGAUUCUUUGAACAUAUUUUAAGUACAAGCUGACUUAAUUGACCACCGAAAUAUAACCCUGUGAAGGAGUAGAAAUAGCUGAGGAUGAGCUUUUUUUUUUUUUUCUUCUUGCCCUUUAUCUUUCCCCGUUCCUUGUCAUGGGUAAGAUAUAUGAAGAAAACAAAACAAAACCAAAAAAAAAAAAAAAAGACCAGCUUGACUGGUCUAGUGACUGUCGUUUUGCUUCAUUAUUGCCGAGGGUAAUUGCCUUCCCCUCUUGUAUAAUCUUAGUGGAAAACUGAACAAUUACAGGAUAAAAGCAUACAAAAAUAGCUCUUUUUUUUUUUGAUGUAUGUAAUAGUGUAUUUAGCUUUAUUCAGCAUCUCCUUCAAGAAAAAGUACAAAAAAAUCAUAAAAAUCACAAAACAUACUAACAAUAAGGUUAUAUUAUAAUAACCAUUCUCUACAUUAAUUCACUAAUAAUCUCUUUGGGUAUUGCCUGGUCAUAGAGCAAAAUUUAAGGUGGUGAUUUUUUCCUGGCUGAUUUGUAAAUGGGACGGAUUUACCAAUCAUUCAAAUAAAGAAGCUACACUAGUCCCUAGUCAGUAUUGUUCUGUGCCAUGAACAGUGCUCCCCAUGCAGUGUUGCUAGACAUGCACUUAACACUAGUCCAUAUAUCCAUCGUUUGGAUGACCAAUAACAAGGCAAAAAAAGUUCAGCAAUGCUAGACGUGUUCUAUUAGGACACAAGGCUGUGAUAUCCUCAGACACAGUAUGUUUUGAGAUGUAAGGGGUGGUGAGCACCUUCCUUGUGGACCCUAAAGGAUAAUUAAUUCAGUGUUGAAUCCAGGGAGUACCCUCUCUUGAACAAAAUGCCUAAAGAGUUCUGUUGCCAGGUGGAACUUCAUUUCCUUGUAGUACCAGAGGUAGCUGGGGCAGUUACAGAUUUGCAGGCAUUUGCUAAGGUGGUGUGUACUACAUAGUGAAAGUGGUCAUUGCCCUAUCAGGGAGCCCGAUUCAUGUAGUGUGGCACAUUUAAGGGUGGUGCGUGGCACUGGAAGGCCACCUCCGAGCGAUGGACACCUAGCUAGGCGACGAGUCGCGGAAGUGGCCCAUCCCCACCCCCAUCCUAAUGCACUAGCAUCAGUGCUGUUGAUAUUAUAAAAAUAAUCUGAGUUAUAUAUGAUUUGGGUAUAAAUGUAUAUUACCGAUGCUGUAAGACCCAGUCUUAUAAUGUACCUGCCAGUAAUAAUAGUGUUAAAAGUUUAUUGGUGCUGGGCUCGGUUGUGGAGCUAAGCAGUGCACAUAUGUUUUUAAUUUUUGUGGAUUAUUUAUUUAGGUAUGUAAAUGUGUACAUUUGAAUAUGAAAUGUAUUCUUAAUUUAUAUAGAUGUAUAUUAUGUUUGUAAAAUUUCAAGUCAUUCUUGGAGUGCUAACAUUACAUGAAUUAAUUGCUUAAAAGUUUUCUGUGGAAACUAUAUUUGGAGCCCAAUGAACAUUGUCACCACCUGAACAGUUAAUAGAUAUAAUCAUCUUUGGACAAAGCUUGAUUUCUGUGUUACUGGACCAGUGGGUAUUUGCUUCAUGCCCUAUGGCAAACUACAGUGUAAAAAUCCUUAGUCCCAACAUCUUUUAAAUCCCAUUUUAUAUGCAAUGUUUAAAUAUAAAUUGGCCUGUUUCUCAAUCUACAUACUGCUGUAAUGUUUGUCAUCUUUGGUAUUAGUUGUAGCUGUUAAACCAGCAAGAAAAAAUGGGAUUUUCUUUAGUGAUUUUUCAGUAGUACCAUCAAACUCAGGUGCGUGUUGGUACUUAUUUUCUGAAAUGCUGAUGGUGUCUGUAUGGAUAUGUUUCUAAAUGUGUAAUGUUGGGACUGUGGAAAGAGGAUAAUGUCCUUACUGUAGUUUUGGCCCUCGUGUCAUUUACAUUGUAUUUUUAUUGUACAUAGCGUAUAAUGUACAGGUUUAAGUUAUUUUGAAGGAUUUAUCUAAGCCUCGGGCAUUUGACAACAACCCAAAGAGCCAAAAAAAAAAAAAAAAAAUAAAAAAUGAUGUAGUUAUUGUGUCAUUCACACAGUGGUCUAGCCUCUCCACAACAAAAUGAAAUAAAAGAUAAAUAUUUUUCUAAAAUUA